CAGACUGGAGUUUUCAACAAAUAUCUUAAAAAAAUGUCAAAUUUCGAGCAGUUUCACUUUGACUUUUACCACUCCAAUUAUACCAUAGAUGACCAGGAAGAAGGUUACAACAGUUAUGGAUCUAACGAAAACCUCUGUGGAAGUAGAAAGAGCCUGACAGGAGAGCAACCUCCAGCCAGUGCUUUUGCCCCUUCAGAAAUGCUUCUGUCCUCUCAGAGUUACAUGGGUCAGAUUUUGCAGCCAACAUACAGUCCUGACGCUCUCUCUCAUCUUAGUUAUGCUGAUGGAUUUGAUGAGGAACCUCCUUUACUAGAAGAACUUGGGAUCAAUUUUGAGCAUAUAUGGCAAAAAACAUUAACGGUUCUAAAUCCAAUGAAGCCUGCAGAUGGCAGCAUUAUGAAUGAGACAGACCUCACCGGACCUAUGAUUUUCUGUUUGGCCCUUGGAGCAACAUUGCUGCUGGCAGGAAAAGUUCAUUUUGGCUACGUGUAUGGCAUGAGCGCCAUUGGGUGCCUUGCUAUGCAUUUUCUGAACUUGAUGAGUGUCCCAGGAGUCUCACAUGGCUGUGUUGCAAGUGUCUUGGGCUAUUGCCUGCUGCCCAUGGUGAUCCUGUCCUCUUCUGCAGUCAUCUUCUCGCUACAGGGGAUCCUGGGAACUUUGUUAGCUCUGUUUAUUAUCGGGUGGUGCAGUUUGUCAGCCUCCAAAAUUUUUACCUCUGCGUUGGCUAUGGAAGGACAGCAGCUUCUUAUUGCGUAUCCGUGUGCUCUACUUUAUGGACUUUUUGCACUCCUAACAGUUUUCUGA